AUGCCAGAGGUGUCUGGAAAACUGCAUGCAGAUGCACCCGAUGUGAGUGUGAGUGGAACUGUUCCAUCUGUGGAAUUGCCAUCAUUGAGAGCCAGUGGUAAUUUGCCGAGUGUCGACGUGUCCCUUCCAGACGCAUCGUUAACAGGUGAUCUCUCUGGUAAGCUGGAUCUAGAUGGGACUGGCGUGAAGAUCAACGACGCUGAUUUGAAACUGCCUGACCUGGAGAUAUCAGGAGGUGUGAGUGCACCGUCUGUGGAGGGUGACUUGUCCAUUCCUCAGGUGUCUGCCGGUCUGGACACAGAUGUGAAACUACCCAGUGCUGAAUUGGACGUGAAAUUGCCUAGUGUACAGCUGACCGGUCCAGAUCUCGACGUGCAUGGUGUAGCGCCAGAUGCAGGUGUGAGUGCGAGUGUCGAUGUUCCCAAACCGCAUAUUUCAAUCAAGGCACCGAAAUUCGGUUUCGGUUUUGGUAAUAAGAAGGCGAAAUUGAAGACACCGAAAGCUGGUGUGAAGGUGGAGGGAGAGGGAGGUGCGAAGGUAGAUUUGGACGCCGGACUGGACGCCCACAUUGAUGGCAAAGCAAGCAAAGGAGGUAAGAAAUUCCACUGGUCUCCGAAGUUCGGGUUCCCGAAGGGUGGUCUGAAGAUAGGUGGUGGUGCUAGAAAGCCGGACGCCUCAAUAUCUGUCUCGGCUCCGACUGGUGGUGUUGAUGUCUCAGUUCCGAAACCCGAUCUCGACGUCUCCUUGGAGGUUCCUGAUGUGGAGGUAUCUGCGUCUGUGCCGGAAAUCGGCGUGUCAGGUGGUGCAGGUAGAGGUGGAGAGUUGGGAGUGACUGGACAGGUUUCGGCUCCCGAUGUGGACGUCAGUGUUCCAUCGAAGAAGUUCACCUUCGGUUGGGGCUCCAAAGGCAAGAAGGCGAAGAAGGCGAAGUUGCCGAAGGUGUCGGGAGACAUAGGUGCUGGUGUCGAUGUCAGUGGGAAGGUUGACGUUCCCAGUGUUGAGGUCGAUGUAGACGCAGAUGCUCAUGGCAAAGGUAAGAAGUUCAACUGGUCCCCUAAAAUCACUUUGCCAAAGUUCAAGAUGCACAUGCCAGAGGUGUCUGGAAAACUGCAUGCAGAUGCACCCGAUGUGAGUGUGAGUGGAACUGUUCCAUCUGUGGAAUUGCCAUCAUUGAGAGCCAGUGGUAAUUUGCCGAGUGUCGACGUGUCCCUUCCAGACGCAUCGUUAACAGGUGAUCUCUCUGGUAAGCUGGAUCUAGAUGGGACUGGCGUGAAGAUCAACGACGCUGAUUUGAAACUGCCUGACCUGGAGAUAUCAGGAGGUGUGAGUGCACCGUCUGUGGAGGGUGACUUGUCCAUUCCUCAGGUGUCUGCCGGUCUGGACACAGAUGUGAAACUACCCAGUGCUGAAUUGGACGUGAAAUUGCCUAGUGUACAGCUGACCGGUCCAGAUCUCGACGUGCAUGGUGUAGCGCCAGAUGCAGGUGUGAGUGCGAGUGUCGAUGUUCCCAAACCGCAUAUUUCAAUCAAGGCACCGAAAUUCGGUUUCGGUUUUGGUAAUAAGAAGGCGAAAUUGAAGACACCGAAAGCUGGUGUGAAGGUGGAGGGAGAGGGAGGUGCGAAGGUAGAUUUGGACGCCGGACUGGACGCCCACAUUGAUGGCAAAGCAAGCAAAGGAGGUAAGAAAUUCCACUGGUCUCCGAAGUUCGGGUUCCCGAAGGGUGGUCUGAAGAUAGGUGGUGGUGCUAGAAAGCCGGACGCCUCAAUAUCUGUCUCGGCUCCGACUGGUGGUGUUGAUGUCUCAGUUCCGAAACCCGAUCUCGACGUCUCCUUGGAGGUUCCUGAUGUGGAGGUAUCUGCGUCUGUGCCGGAAAUCGGCGUGUCAGGUGGUGCAGGUAGAGGUGGAGAGUUGGGAGUGACUGGACAGGUUUCGGCUCCCGAUGUGGACGUCAGUGUUCCAUCGAAGAAGUUCACCUUCGGUUGGGGCUCCAAAGGCAAGAAGGCGAAGAAGGCGAAGUUGCCGAAGGUGUCGGGAGACAUAGGUGCUGGUGUCGAUGUCAGUGGGAAGGUUGACGUUCCCAGUGUUGAGGUCGAUGUAGACGCAGAUGCUCAUGGCAAAG